AUGGAAAAGGGCCGAGUGGUUGUCUUGGACAAUGGAGGAGCCACGUGCAAGAUAGGCUUUGGAGGGAAGGCGGAACCGGUGAAGGUCAUUCCUAACUUCGUGGCUAAAGCCAAGAGCCUGAAACGGCCUUUUGUUGCUGACCUAGGUUUGGGCGUGCUGAGGCCCGUUGACCGGGGCUACGUGGUCAACUGGGACCUACAGCGAACUAUCUGGGACCGAGCCUUCUCCGGUAUUCUCAAGGUACAACCGUCCAGCACGUCCCUAUUGGUAUCAGAGCCGCUCUUCAGCCUGCCGGGCAUCCAGCGCAGCAUGGCGGAACUCGCCUUCGAGCACUUUGCCUUCCGCUCCUACCUCCCCGUUCCCUCCCCCGUGCUCGCGUACCGCCAUGAGGGUGUGUGUGUGUGUGCGGGGCAGCAUGUUCUCUGUAAGUGCAUUCCCCACUCUUUUUUUUCCUUUCUAUUCGUCCACCUUUCUCGCCGUCUCAUUCUCAUGCCAUCCACCCAAGCAUGCCUCUCCCGUGCACUGCUUUCGUCUCUGUCUCACCCCCAUUGUCCUGCUGCAUCAGGGCAGUCCUCAGUGCUCCGUGACUCACCACCAGCACCACAAAUGCCAUCAUUGCUUGCCACGUCAUCAGCUGCUGCUGCCAGCUCAGCAAUGGCGCUGGAAGCGGGCUGUGGGCUGUUGGUGGAUGCCGGCUUCUCCUUCACGCAUGCUGUGCCCAUCUGGAACAACAGACCGCUGCUGCAGGCUGUCAGGCGCAUGAACGUGGGCGGCAAGGCACUGACGAAUGUGUUGAAGGAGGCGGUGUCGUACCGCGCAUGGAACAUGAUGGACGAGACACUCAUCAUGGACCAUGCCAAGGAGCAGCUCUGCUUCGUCUCGCUCUUCCCCACGCGCCACCUGCCGUCAGCCAGGAAACGGGAUGCCAGCAACAUAUUCCGGGCAGAGUACUUGCUGCCCGACGGGGUCACUCUUCUGCGCGGGCAGGUGAAAGACCGCACAGCAGCGAUGCAGGCAGUGAAGGCCCAGGAGGAGCUGUGGGAGCAACACUUAGCAGAGGAGGUGGAAGAGGCAAGGGGAACGAGAGGGGGAACGAGAGGGAGGAAACGAGGUGGGGCUUUGCUAGAGGGUAGGACGAGGCGAGGGUGCGAUGGGGUGGAUAGAGGGGAGGAAGACGGGGAGAUGGGGAGGAAGAGAGGGAGAAGCGGGUGGAAAGGGGAGCGGGGGGAUGAGGAGGGAGGACGGAGGCAGCAGCAAGGUGGCAGGGGUGGGGAUGGUGGGAUUGCUGGUGGGGAUGAUGAGGAUGAGGAAGACGAGGAGGAGGAUGAGGACUGGGAUGAGAGGAAAGGGCGAGGCAAGGCCAAAGGUGGUGCUACUGCUGCCGGUAGUGGUGGUGGUAACAGUGGUGGUGCUACUGCUGCCGGUAGUGGUGGUGGUAACAGUGGUGGUGCUGGUGGAGGGGCGAGUGUUGUGAUGCCAUCACCAGCCAACAGCAGAGGUGCUGCUGGUGGUGGUGGUCCGGGCAGCAGAACUGGAGGAAGCAGCAGCGAGCAGCCGGAGCUAUCACUGGCAUCGGAACGCUUUAUGGUGCCAGAGGGCCUCUUCCAUCCCUCCGACCUGGGUGUCAGCCAGGCAGGCCUCGCAGAGACAAUAGUGGCGGCUGUGACUGCUGCUCCUCGAGUCAUCCACCCUCUGCUCUACUCAAACAUUGUACUGGUGGGCGGCAGCUGUCAGUUCCCAUUCUUCAAAGAGCGGCUGUAA